AUGAUAUGCAUUGUCACUGUUAAGAAACAUUACAUCCAAGGUCAGAAGGUCCUAGGCUGCCACCUGGACACUGAAGGCUUGAAAGACUUGGGAAAGAGGACGAACUCUGCCCUGCGCUUACGGUACGGUAAAGGCAACCUUCUGCAGUUGAGGUGCAACCGCGAGAAAGGACCCGUCUCUGCCUUCACCAAUUUACCUCAGGACCCAGAGGCCUCCUCUCUGAAACCCAUCCGGCGGUUCAUUCCACCAUCUUGGAAGACCUUUUUCCACAAAUGUUGGAGGAAGCCUUGGUCGGAGCCGUCUUCUGUGAGCUACUCUCCGGAAGGUGAGAAGACUUCUCUGCCGUUAUCUCCCUUUUUUGACCGUCCCCAGAGGAUCAUCUCUGACAGAGAAGAGAUCUCAAAUGUUGAAGAUGGCAGUGAUUUUAAAAAGCCACCGUCAGCCUCCACCGGUCCAUCGGGGUACGAGAAGACAUUGCCAGACCCAAGCUAUGGUGACCUGUCAACAGGCCCACCAAGCUAUAAGGAGAAGCUAGAGGCCUACGACUAUAAAUAUUCAUACAUGAAAUCAUGGCCAGGCCUGCUUCGGUUGAUGGGAGGCCUGGAACUCAUCUUAGGGGGCAUGGUUUUUGCUUGCACGGCUGCUUACAUCCAGAAGGACUACCAGUGGUCUCAACUAUGGGGUGGUAAUCUUCCCUACAACGGCCUCACCGGAGGAGGAUACGGGUACAACUACUACGGCCCAAUGACUCCCUUUGUGUUGGUGGUGGUUAGCCUGAGUUGGCUAGUGACAGUGAUCCUGCUCGGCCUGGGAGUGACCAUGUACUACAGGACGAUCCUCCUCAACUCCCACUGGUGGCCUUUGACAGAGUUUGGUCUCAACCUCCUCAUGUUUCUGCUCUACAUGGCAGCUGCCAUUGCCUAUGUCAACGACGUCAACCGUGGCGGACUGUGCUACUCCGUCUUUGCCAACAACCCACUCAUCGUGGCUUUGUGCCGGGUCGAAGGGGGUCAAAUGGCAGCCAUCGCUUUCCUCUUUAUCACCACGUUACUCUAUCUGACCGGAUCCCUCGUCUGUCUCAAGAUGUGGAGGCAUGAGGCUGCCAGGAAGAGGCAAACGUCGGCACCCCGUCGGCACCCAGCCAAGAAGGCUGUGUCAGGGGAUGAAAUCCAGCCUUCCGGAAAGGUCUCCAGGCGUGUUGAGUUUUCAGAGGUGGCUGAGGAGGACCCCGCACUGCUAAACUGUAGCAUCCCAACGGGCCACCACCCAAAACCGCAUGUCAUCCCGGAUUAUGUUAUGAAGUAUCCGGCAAUCAGAAGCCUAACCGAACAGGAGAAAUACAAAGCGGUUUUCAAGGAUCAAUACGCUGAGUACAAGGAGCUGUACCACGAAGUCAGAGCCGCACGACAGAAACUCAAGGAGCUGGGAGCCCUGAUGGCCAAGUUGCCCCACACCUAUCAGAACAAGACGGUCCGUUUGCAUUCACGUGAAUGGGACUUUCUUUCUAAAAGGGUUGCCAAGAAAUUUGCAGUCGCCCCUUCCCACAUUGACACAAAUGGCAAAGAACAGUUUGUGUACAGAUCUUUUUUGGAGGAGCAGAGCAGGGUGUCCACUGUGUGGAGGGAAUAUGAGAACAAGAAGACGGAUCCUGCCUACUUGGAGAAGCUGGAGCGCUGUGAUUAUCUGAAAAAGAAGCUCACACACAUCAAGGCCCAGAUCCAAGCAUACGACGGCGAGGCGGAAGAAGACUCUGUGCACUUCUGA